GCAAAUAACAUCAAGAACGCAGCCGACACCACCCGCUACGGCAGCGCCGACGAGGCUGUCAGCGACGCCGUGGCCAACGUUGACGAAAAGGCGAAGAACCUGGAGGAUGAUCCAUCCGACUCUGCAAGAAGAUGCUGGAGCAGGCCCAAAAGGAGCUGGAGGAGGCCCAGGCGGCGCGGGACGCCGCGAGGAAGGCCGCCGAGGCGGCGGCCAAGGCGCACGCAGAGGAGACAUGGCCGUGAAGCAGAAGGCGACGCGCGAGGCUGCGGAGAAGGCCGCGAAGGAGGCCGAGGCGGCCAGGGAGGCCGCCAAGGACCUGAUGAGCGAGGCCGGCGCGGAGGGCAAGCACGAGAGCGACAUCGUUAGCGACUACAACGCGGCGAAGGCCCGCUACGACGAAGCGAAGUCCGCAGAGGACGAUCUGAAGAAGAAGGAGAUCGAUGCCAGGGAGAAGCUGCACACACUGCGCGACAAGCAGCUCGAGAGCCACAGCGGCAUCUCCAAGGUCGACAGCAAGGCCGACAGCCCCGACGCGCCGGCGGGCGAGGCAGGCUGCAACUGCCCCUCGGCCAGCGGGUCCACCGAGCCAGGACACUCCAGCAGUGGCGCUGGCAGCGAGUCGCCCGGGUCGGGCAGCGGCGCUCCGGCUCCGGGCAGCGGCGCUCCGGCUCCGCCCGCUGGGGCGUGCCCGCCGUGUCCGGCGGCUGCGCCUGGCCGCGACGCGGACUCCGCGGACUCCGCGGACUCCUCGGGCACCAAGCCGCCCUGCGACCCGGACCACCCUGACUCGAGAACGGGCGGAGCGUGGGGCUCCGGCUCCGAGAAGUCCAGCGCCCAGGCCACGUCGGCUGCCUCCGCGGCCCUGCUGGCCGCCGUGGCGCUCGUGGUCGCGCUUCCCUCGUGA